GGCUGGUGAAGAAUUGAGGAUCGCCUGCAGCCCCUCAUCAGAGAGGUGUCUUCUCGUCGCAGAGAGCGGCAGCAUUGCACUGAUCACGCACUCCACCAUGGCAGCCGCAGCUGUCGCCUCGUCGAGCGGCUCGGCCGAGCAGCUGCUCCGGGUCUGCGCCGACGUCUCCUCGCACCUAAUCACGGCGUACGAAAAGGGCGAGACGGUCAACCUCAACACCCUGCGCGCAGCGUCGGCCAAGAAGUUUGGGUCGAAGAGCGUGCCCAAGCUCACGGACAUUAUCGCGGCUGUGCCGGAGAACUAUCGCAAGCAGCUCUUGCCUCUGCUCAAGGCCAAGCCGAUCCGCAGCGCCAGCGGUAUCGCAGUCGUCGCGGUCAUGUGCAAGCCGCAUCGGUGUCCGCACAUUGCACUGACGGGGAACGUAUGCGUAUACUGCCCGGGCGGCCCAGACUCGGACUUUGAGUACAGCACGCAGUCCUACACAGGGUACGAGCCAACAUCUAUGCGUGCCAUCCGCGCACGGUACGAUCCAUUUGAGCAGAGCACGGGCAGAGUAAGGCAGCUGCGAGAGCUGGGCCAUGAGGUUGACAAGGUCGAGUACAUCGUCAUGGGCGGCACAUUCAUGUCCCUGAGCGAGGAUUACAGAAACAAGUUCAUUGCGCAGCUGCAUAAUGCGCUCAGUGGAUUCACUGGCAUAGACGUCGAUGAGGCAGUCAAGUACUCUGAACGAGCGAUGACAAAAUGCAUCGGCAUCACGAUCGAGACGCGCCCUGACUACUGUCUGCGGCCGCAUCUCUCGCAGAUGCUCCGAUAUGGUUGCACCAGGCUGGAGAUUGGCGUGCAGAGCGUGUAUGAAGAUGUCGCACGCGACACGAAUCGGGGGCACACCGUCAAGGCCGUUUGCGAGACAUUUCACCUCGCCAAAGAUGCAGGGUACAAGAUCGUGGCGCACAUGAUGCCAGACUUGCCAAAUGUGGGGGUUGAAAGGGAUAUGGAGCAGUUCAAGGAGUAUUUUGAGAACCCGGCAUUCCGAACCGAUGGGCUCAAGCUGUACCCGACGUUGGUCAUCCGCGGUACAGGGCUCUACGAGCUCUGGCGAACCGGACGGUACAAGAAUUAUACGCCGUCCUUCCUGGUCGACCUGAUCGCACGCAUUCUCGCGCUGGUACCGCCCUGGACGCGCGUCUACCGCGUGCAGCGCGACAUCCCCAUGCCGCUCGUAUCCUCGGGCGUCGAGAAUGGGAACCUGCGUGAGCUGGCGCUGGAGCGCAUGCGCGAUUUUGGGUUCACCUGCCGCGAUGUGCGCUUCCGCGAAGUCGGCAUCCACGAGAUUCACCACAAGGUGCGGCCGCAGGAGGUGGAGUUCAUCCGCCGCGACUACGUCGCCAACGGCGGCUGGGAGACGUUCCUGGCGUACGAGGACCCGCAGAAGGACAUCCUCAUCGCGUUGCUCCGCCUGCGCAAGUGCAGCCACGACGGGACGUACCGUCCCGAGCUGACAGGCCAGCAGACGAGCAUCGUCCGCGAACUGCACACGUACGGCAGCGCCGUGCCGAUCCACUCGCGCGACCCCACCAAGUUUCAGCAUCAAGGCUUUGGGACCCUGCUGAUGGAGAUGGCGGAGAAGAUCGCGCGCGAAGAGCAUGGCAGCGCAAAAAUCGCCGUCAUUUCUGGUGUUGGGACGCGUGAUUACUACCGCCGGCUUGGCUACGAGCUCGAUGGUCCGUACAUGAGCAAGACGCUGUCGGAGGACGGCGAGAAUACCGAUUCGCUCGAGGAUGACGAGUGGUAAAGAGUAGAACAGGGUAUUCUCAAGCGCGCCCAUUAUCGUGAAGCUAUGCUACAUUGUUGUACUACAUCUGCGUCCGUCUUGCCAUGCAAUUUGUCUCAUCCGAGU